CUCCGCGCACACGGCGGCCCCUCCUGAGUGGCGGCGGCAGAGCCGGCUGCUUCAAUGCGCAUGCUCGGCCUGGGCGCCAUUUUGGUGGGACUGGGACUUACACAGCGAGAGCGGCGGCGACGGCGAAGCUCGCUGGGCCCGGCGGCAGCGGCGAGUGGGUGCCCGCUGCGGAGAUGGCAAACAUCGCGGUGCAGAGGAUCAAGCGGGAGUUCAAGGAGGUGUUGAAGAGCGAGGAGACGAGCAAAAAUCAAAUUAAAGUAGAUCUUGUAGAUGAGAAUUUUACAGAAUUAAGAGGAGAAAUUGCAGGACCUCCGGACACACCGUAUGAAGGUGGAAGAUAUCAACUAGAGAUAAAAAUUCCAGAAACAUAUCCAUUCAACCCUCCUAAGGUGCGGUUUAUCACCAAAAUAUGGCAUCCUAAUAUUAGCUCAGUUACUGGGGCCAUUUGUUUGGAUAUUCUGAAGGAUCAAUGGGCAGCAGCAAUGACUCUAAGAACGGUGUUGUUAUCGCUGCAAGCGUUGUUGGCAGCUGCAGAACCAGAUGAUCCACAGGAUGCAGUAGUGGCAAACCAGUACAAACAAAAUCCAGAAAUGUUUAAACAGACAGCUCGGCUUUGGGCACAUGUGUAUGCUGGAGCACCAGUUUCUAGUCCAGAAUACACCAAAAAAAUAGAAAACCUUUGUGCUAUGGGCUUUGAUAGGAAUGCAGUAAUAGUGGCCUUGUCUUCAAAAUCUUGGGAUGUAGAGACUGCAACAGAAUUACUCCUGAGUAACUGAGCCAUGUAGAGAGAGCUGCUUCAGUAGUCCAGCUUGUCCCUUCUGGAGAAGCAUCACCAUCUGUUAUUUCUAGGAUUCUCUAUAGAUUCUCUUUCAAAACUGGCACUCUUGCCUGAUGAUGCUAUCUAGGCACUAUUGGAGACUGAAAGAAACAAAAACAAAACCGAAACAAACCGACAAAAACCCCCCAACACGCUCUGUAAAUAAAGCUAAUUAAACGUCUGUGUAAAUUUAAAAAGGGGAAAUACUUUAAUUUUAUGGUUUUUUUUUUCUUACUAAAUAUUGUAAAAAAAAACAAACCCAAAUUUUUCUUUGAGCUCAGCUAAAAUAACAGGGGGGGGGAUGUGUGGAAAAAAAGAAACAACAAACAUGCCUACUUUAGUGUUUAGCAGUGUGACGAAGACUAGCAGGAACUUGCUUCAGGAUUUUGAUUAGGUAAUUCAGAAAGCAAACAUUUUUGAGUGUUAAGUCAUCAAAAGAAAAAAAAAGUUGUUGGUGCCACUCAUCACAGCUAUCUUAACUGUUUUUAACCUGGAUCCUAUGUGCCUGUGGAUUGCCCUAUAUUUGCAUGCUUGUACUUAAUAGACAUAUUAGGGUAGGGUCGCUGAAGAGAGCACCGCUGAAAUACUUGAGUGUUCUUGUACCUUUUCUCCCAAAAUGACUUUCAAAACCCAAAGUUCCAAAUGGUGACCUGCUCAAAACUGGUUUCUUUCUGGCUUAUUAAUUGGGGGAAACCUGAUUCUCCUUUCCUUUACAUCAUACAGCUGAAAACCCUUGCUGAAUUCCGUUUCGUCCUCUGGGUAUUACGUGUGCCAUUGACAUUUGCAAGUAGUUUAGUUUCCCCUGUAGGGAAAAAUAAGAAAAAGGAAAAAAAGUAUUUUUUGAGUUCUCAAUAAUGAUUUUCAUGCAUUAUUGUUUUCUACAUGAUCUCCUAAGGAGUUUGCCUCCAUGCAGCACAGAGAGAUGGAGCUGGUUUUUUCUUUCUUUCUUUUUGGAGGGGGGGUGGUUUUACAUAGACAUAAAACAUUCUUCAGUACCUUCUGGGUGAUACGAUUUGGCUGGGUUUGAAGGACAUAAAAAACCCCACCCCAAACUGAUUCUCUGCUGUAGUGAGAAUUGAAGCCAGUUUUUCUUUUGAGUACUUGAUGUGAUGCAAUCAGCUGUUUUUGGCAGCAAUUUCCUAGCUUUAUUUUGGGGCCUCAGUUGAAGGAUUGCUUACCAGGUACUUUGAAAGUCAUCCUUGCUCUUGUUUUUUCUCUACUUGACACAUGGAGGCUGUGUUGGUGUUGGGUUUUUUUUUCAUCUCCUGUACAUACUUCAAAUGCAGCUAGAAGUAGAAGUGUGUUCUCAAGUUAGCUUUCUUUUUUGGCUUGAUGUUUCUGAUAAACAAGAACUGAACUCUUCCCUUGGCUUGUACAUACAGUCAGUCUUUUUAAUUCGUAUUAAAAUGACAUUUCAUCCUUGAGUGCAAAA